GGCAAGUGGCAAUUGUGCUUGUAGCCCAGCUCAGGCCUCUGUGGCGGGGACCGGUGGGAGUGGACUGGAGGGGAGAGGAGAGGCGGCUCUCCCUCCUGCCCACUGAGCCUGCAGAAUGGGGAAAGCACAGAAAGGACGCGGUGUCCAUGCAGCCAAGCAGCCGGGAGCCAUGCCAUGACCGGGGACAGGGACUUGUGUGUUUGGCCUUGAGGCGUCUGCUCCCCGGGGGUGCCCUGACCUCACCCUCCUCUCAGAUCCGCUGCAUGCUCAACAUCUGGGGUGUGAUCCUCUACCUGCGGCUCCCCUGGAUUACAGCGCAGGCGGGCAUCGUGCUGACCUGGGUCAUCAUCCUGCUCUCGGUCAUGGUGACCUCCAUCACAGGCCUGUCCAUCUCGGCCAUCUCCACCAACGGCAAGGUCAAGUCAGGUGGCACCUACUUCCUCAUCUCCCGGAGUCUGGGCCCCGAGCUGGGGGGCUCCAUCGGCCUCAUCUUCGCCUUCGCCAACGCUGUGGGUGUGGCCAUGCACACGGUGGGCUUCGCAGAGACCGUGCGCGACCUGCUGCAGGAGCACGGCACACCCAUUGUGGACCCCAUCAAUGACAUCCGCGUCAUCGGGGUGGUCACUGUCACCGUGCUGCUGGCCAUCUCCCUGGCUGGCAUGGAGUGGGAGUCCAAGGCCCAGGUGUUGUUCUUCCUGGUCAUCAUGGUCUCCUUCGCCAACUACUUGGUGGGGACACUGAUACCCCCAUCAGAGGACAAGGCCUCCAAGGGCUUCUUCAGUUACCGGGGGGACAUCUUCGUUCAGAACUUGGUGCCUGACUGGCGGGGUCCUGAGGGCAGCUUCUUCGGGAUGUUCUCCAUCUUCUUCCCCUCGGCCACCGGCAUCCUGGCAGGGGCCAACAUCUCUGGGGACCUCAGGGACCCUGCGGUGGCCAUCCCCAAGGGCACACUCAUGGCCAUUUUCUGGACCACGGUCUCCUACCUGGCCAUCUCAGCCACCAUCGGCUCCUGCGUGGUGCGCGAUGCUUCCGGGGACCUGAACGACACGGUGACCCCUGGCUCCGGGGCCUGUGAGGGGCUGGCCUGCGGCUACGGCUGGAACUUCACCCGGUGCUCCCAGCAGCACGGCUGCCGCUACGGCCUCAUCAACUACUAUCAGACUAUGAGCAUGGUGUCGGGCUUUGCGCCCCUGAUCACAGCCGGCAUCUUCGGGGCCACCCUCUCCUCGGCCCUGGCCUGCCUCGUCUCUGCUGCCAAAGUCUUCCAGUGCCUGUGCGAGGACCAGCUGUACCCACUGAUCGGCUUCUUUGGCAAAGGCUACGGCAAGAACAAGGAGCCCGUGCGCGGCUACCUGCUGGCCUACGCCAUUGCUGUGGCCUUCAUCAUCAUUGCCGAGCUCAACACCAUUGCUCCGAUCAUCUCCAACUUCUUCCUGUGCUCCUACGCCCUCAUCAACUUCAGCUGCUUCCACGCCUCCAUCACCAACUCGCCCGGGUGGAGACCCUCGUUCCGGUACUACAGCAAGUGGGCGGCGCUGUUCGGGGCGGCCGUCUCCGUGGCCAUCAUGUUCCUGCUCACCUGGUGGGCGGCCCUCAUCGCCAUCGGAGUGGUCCUCUUCCUCCUGCUCUACGUGCUCUACAAGAAGCCAGAGGUCAACUGGGGCUCCUCGGUGCAGGCCGGCUCCUACAACCUGGCCCUCAGCUACUCGGUGGGCCUCAACGAGGUGGAAGACCACAUCAAGAACUACCGCCCCCAGUGCCUGGUGCUCACAGGUCCCCCCAACUUCCGUCCUGCCCUGGUGGACUUCGUGGGCACCUUCACCCAGAACCUGAGCCUCAUGGUCUGCGGCCACGUGCUCAUCGGUCCCCGCAAGCAGAGGGUGCCCGAGCUCCGGCUCAUUGCCAACGGGCACACCAGGUGGCUGAACAAGAGGCGGAUCAAGGCCUUCUACUCCGACGUCAUCGCCGAGGACCUCCGAAGCGGCGUCCAGAUUCUUAUGCAGGCCGCAGGUCUGGGGAGAAUGAAGCCCAACAUUCUGGUGGUUGGGUUCAAGAGGAACUGGCAAUCCGCUCACCCGGCCACCGUGGAGGACUACAUUGGCAUCCUGCACGACGCCUUUGAUUUCAACUUCGGCGUGUGCGUGUUGAGGAUGCGCGAGGGGCUGAACAUCUCCGAGACCAUGCAGGCUCACGUUAAUCCCGUGUUCGACCCUGCGGAGGACGGCAAGGGAGCCAGCGCCCGCGGGGCCAGGCCAUCUGUGUCGGGCACACUGGACCCUGAGGCCCUGGUGCGGGAGGAGCAGGCCAGCACCAUCUUCCAGUCGGAGCAGGGCAAGAAGACUGUGGACAUCUACUGGCUCUUUGAUGAUGGAGGCCUUACCCUCCUCAUCCCCUAUCUCCUUCGCCGCAAGAAGAGGUGGAGCAAAUGCAAGAUCCGGGUGUUCGUUGGGGGCCAGGUCAACAGGAUGGACCAGGAAAGGAAGGCGAUCAUUUCCCUGUUGAGCAAGUUCCGACUGGGAUUCCAUGAAGUUCACAUCCUCCCUGACAUCAAUCAGAAGCCGCGGGCUGAGCACAUCAAGCGGUUUGAGGACAUGAUUGCUCCCUUCCGCCUAAAUGAUGGCUUUAAGGACGAGGCCACUGUGGCUGAGAUGAGGCGGGACUGCCCGUGGAAGAUCUCCGAUGAGGAGAUUAACAAGAACAGAAUCAAGUCCCUCCGGCAGGUGAGACUGAAUGAGAUUCUUCUGGACUACUCCCGAGAGGCUGCUCUGGUUGUCAUUGGGAAGGAGGAGGCAGAGGUGGAACACAGUGAUGCACCUUGCCCAUCGGAAGGAAGGGGAAGUGUCCCAGCUCGCUGUACAUGGCCUGGCUGGAGACCCUGUCCCAGGACCUCAGGCCUCCCGUCGUCCUGAUCCGAGGAAACCAGGAAAACGUGCUCACCUUCUACUGCCAGUGACUCCACGCUUGGCCUUCCGUGCCCAGCCGCAGGCGUGCGGGGCAAGCUGGAACUCGGCCGGCUCUGUCUGGGGCCCCGCCUCGCGUCAGGUCAUAGCAUCUGAUGAUCUGACUGCAGAAGAUGGUGGAUUCCCAAACUUUGGCUGGACCCCACGUCCACCGGAAACGUCCUUGGAGCCUCCUUUUUAUGGACCGGAGAAGUAGCGGAUGGGGUUGGGGGGAAAAUUCCUUGGAAGAGUCUCUUUAAAAUUUCUCCUUUGAUCUCUAUGAUCAUUAAUCAAGAUUUCAGUCUUUGAUUUGUAUGCAAAUUGAGUCAGCGUGCUGGGUGUGUGUCUGGGAGUCUCCAGGCACCUUCCUCGGGAACCUCCUGCCUCCCGACAGUCAGGGGAGCGGGAGCCCACCCGUAGGACCUCUGGAAGCUCUGAGCGAGACAGGGCCCGCACAAUAUGCAGAUGUCCUCAGCCACCUCUCCCUCUGGAGUCUGACACGGAGACUUAGAACGCACACAGAACCGGCCCAAACAGCAGAACUGCAAAAGCAGCACUUCUUACUGUGGGCGAUGGCCUCCGAUAUUUUCUGUUCUGUCCUUCUCUUUUCAAUAUUGGUUGUGAUCCACUAAAAUGGUUUUUAGUGACCCACAUGAUUUGAAAAACAGGCUAGACCCUCCUCCGGGUCUUGAGCUUGCUCCUGCACUGGGAGCCUGGCUGGCUGGGGAAGGGCCACUGCUGGGCCUCCCUGCCUCCUGCUUGCUCAUGGUGCAGGGAAGGGAUAGGGCCCAACCGAACCUGUGAGGCCGGGGUGCUGGCGAGGGGAAGAGCCUGGAACCCAGAAACAGCUGAGGGGUCUGCAGGCGUGGAGGACAGAGGCGGGAA